UUCCAGAUCUACGUUUUCCGAUUUUUCAUGGAAGCGAAAAUGAGUGUGCUAUUCAUGUCGCAAGGUCGGUGAUCUUAUCUUAUCCAGUCACGGGUCACAUCACAUCUCACUUCCACACACGACAAUGGGAUUCCAGAAAAAGGAUCCCAGCUCGGAUUUCGACCCAGAGGACGCAGGGAAUGCGUUCCGAAGCUCAUCUCCGGUCCUUGUGCUCAAGGAAAAGAAGAAACAGAAGAAAAAAUCGGUGUUACCCCUCAUUCCCGAGCACGACACUCUCACUCCUGCAGAACCCACAACGUCUCCAGAAUCACCCACACCCCACGCGUCUUCGAGUGCCAUUGGGUCUCAGACGCCUCUUCCGUCCCUCAUGAUGCUGCUACGCUCCCCGGAAACGCGCGAAUUCGACGAAAUUAGCGCGUUACCCCCGCUUAACAUGCCAGUUGUGUCACCCCCCUUUGCGACUUUCGACGCGACCCCCGCUAUCUCGAGCGCCCAGACCCCAUUUCCUCCCGCUACUCCUGCUCCUCCAACAACACUCCAACGUGGUCGUCCGAAGGAUUCGCCGGUCACAACGACUCUCAAAAAGCGCCAACGUACCUUGGAGAAAUCUGGAACAUUGGGCAGCCCACAGCGACAGGAGCUGUCUGAAACGAUGAUGGAGCUCAAACGAAGGUGUGACGCUCGUUUGGAGGAGCGGAACCGGGUCAAGAAUGCGAACUUGGCGGCAAAGAGACGGCUAGAGGAGAGAGAGAAGGCCAUUGCGGUGCAGAGGUUGCGAACGGAGGAAACUUUUCGAGCUCAGGAUGUUGUGCGCCGCGCGUUGGCUAGCGAAGAAGACGGGGGGGCAAACUUCAAGAGCCUGGACCACUUCUUCACUGCGCUUCUUCGUCGGGGUGGUGAUGCUUUCACAGAGGCCGCGAGCUUGGUCUUCCAUGAGCGCCUUGAGAGGUCCAACAAUGAGGAUGGCCUUCUGUGAUGCAGUGUCUGUGCGUCCUGGCUGCCAGAAGUAGAACAGAGCGAACCAGAAGGCGAGGGUCUUCCCGCCUCCAGUAGGCACAUCCAGCAGUGUAGUUUUGCCCAAUAAGAUGUUUUUUCC